AUGUUCGGAACAAUUUCAAAUAAUAACAAUACUACCACCAAUUCAACUGGUGGGCUAUUUGGCUCCAAUGCCGCUGCGACUACUGGUUUGUUCGGCACCAAUAAUACUAACAGCAAUAAUUUCAAUAACACUCCAGUGAAUGGUGGUGGGUUAUUUGGUAAUAAAUCUACCGUUAACACUGGGGGUGGUUUGUUUGGAAGCAAUAACAAUCCUAACUCCAAUACCAAUAGUUUAUUUGGAAAUAAUAACAACAAUGCUAGUAUCAAUACUGGCGGUUUGUUUGGUAAUAACAACAAUAACAAUAAUAAUACCGCUACUAACCCUGGUGGUUUAUUUGGUGCUAAACAAGCUACCACAGGGGGAGGGCUGUUCCAGAACAACAAUAACAAUAAUACUACUGGACUGUUUGGUAAUACCAAUACAGGUGUAACGACAACUGGUAAUAACUUGUUCAAUAGUAAGCCUUCGUUAUUUGGAAACACAAAUAACUUUGCUAAUAAUAAUAAUAAUAAUAAUAAUAAUAAUAAUGCUUUAGGCGGUGGUUUAUCUGGACAACAGCAACAAUUCAUUUUUAAGCAGCAACAAAGUAAUUUGCAAAUGAUUUCCCAAUUAGCCAUUACUCCAAUGACUAAAAUAAAUGAAUUGCCAUUACCUAUCAAACAAGAAAUUGAACAACUAGAUCAAUAUAUUCAACAGCAAUUGAAAAUAUCUUAUCAAUUGAAAGCAGAUAUGAGUGAGCAUUUAGAACUGAUCGAAUCCAUACCAAGAGAUAUUGAUUUUUUAAAUAAAAUAUAUUUCAAUACUAAUCAAGCUUUAGAUAAAUAUUUACUAAAAGUUACACAGUUGAGAAAGCAAACCGAUAAAUCAAUCAAUCAUUCAGAAAUAAGUAAUAUUAUCAUACAACAAUUGACAUCUAAUAAUCCUAACAGUAAAAUAUCGUAUUCUGAGUUAGAUUCCUAUUUUCAAAAGAAAAUGAAGUCCUAUAGGUUUAAACUAAAUGAAUAUUUGAGUGUUUUAGGUGACAUUGAAGUAGCUAUUCAAGGCCUGGAAAAUUAUAUGUUUAUUAAUAAUUCUAAUAAUAAUAAUAAUAAUAAUAAUAAUAAUAAUAGUAAUAGUAGUAGUAGUAGUAGUAGUAGCAGUAACGCUGACAUGCUAAUACAAAAUGGUACUAAUGCUAUCAUAGAUAGUAGCCCUAUUGUUUCGAUAAUAAAUACUGUUAUAGCCGAAUUUGAAUUGUUUAUGAAAACUGCUGAAAGAAUUGCUGAGUUGCAUCAAAGGGUAAAAGAAAUUGUAUCACAUAAUAAUGCUACUUUCUAA